UGAUUUGUAAAUACUCCCUUACAACUUUAGCAACACAAAAGGAACAAUAGUAAGUAAACGACAACGUUACUGAUCCCACAAUGAAAACAUCUUCUCGAAUACGAAGUCAGAGCCGAGACGCAGGGUUGAGACGCGGAUCCAUCGACGCACCGUGGAGUAGGAGAUAUACAACACCAUGCCCGCAGUACCAGCAGGGAACUACUACCAGCAGGGUCAAGGGCCCAGCUGUUGGGAUCGUGUCAAGCUUGGGUUUAUGAUGGGUUUCUCAGUCGGCAUGGCAACAGGGGCCCUGUUUGGUGGUUUCACAGCUCUUAGAUAUGGUCUGCGUGGCAGGGAACUAAUGAAUAACGUAGGGAAGGUUAUGUUGCAAUCAGGUGGAACUUUUGGUACCUUUAUGUCCAUUGGAGCUGGAAUCAGAUGUUAGCAAACCUACCCUAGAUUUUUCAUGUGUUCUUCAUUUAACCUGAUGUAGCUAUGAUGUUUUCUUGUGACUAGAUGGAGUAUUGAAUAAGCUCUCUGGGCCAAGUGUGGCUCACAGGGCAAGAACAAGCAAGCAGAUAGCUAAUUUCUGCAUGAUUGAUUGGGGAAGACAUUGGCAUGUAAGUGGGACUGCUUUAUGUAACAAAUUAUUAAAAUGCACUUUCAUAUUUACCCAUCAUUAUCAUUUCUCAAAUGACAAAUUUGUCUUAUUUAGUUGGUUGUUUUUUACAGAAAUUAUAAAGCCUUGUUAUAUUUUCAAAUAUACAAGAUAUAACCCUACUUAGGUCUUGGAAAUAUUUUGUCUCACUUUCAUUAGUCAUAUGUUAAUCAUUUAUUUGAACAGUCCUUUUAUCUUCAUAAGAGGAAAGUACAGGUACAAUCUCUUAACAGGGGCCUCAUUAUGUGGGGAUAUUAUCUUUGUCAACAGCUUAAAAUAUUACUUUAAAGACUGUUGUGUUCUCAUUGGGUUUUAUUUAAGAUUGAUGAUAAAACUUAUAAGCAUAGCAUAACACUAUUAUAGUGGUUAUUACUAUGCUCUGAUUUGAUUGCAUCCUUUUUGAGGGAGUUGUAAAUAAAAAGUAAAUAGCAGUUGCUUCAGUGGAUUAUAUAUAUAUAUAAUAGGUACUACCAUUUGGAAUAUGUAAAAUAGGAUUAUGAAUAAACUGUCUUGUAUAUAAAAAAAA